GCCGUUCCCUUGCCCUCGCACAACGGCCGUUCCUUCAUCACAUGGGAACUUCAGCCCUUAAACCCUACAAAAACCCAACCCUGCCACAAGCUUCAGAAGGUCUCAUCAAUGGCGAACCCCGAAACCCCCGCCGCCAUACCCAAGAUCAUCUCUUUACUCUCGUUCCUCUUACAGAAGGUCGCCGGACUGAACGAUCUCAAUCGCCGGGUACUGCCCCGGGAUGUCUCUGUCUUCCACAGCACUACCCUCCCCUCCAUAUCGAUACGGAAGUAUCUGGAGAGGAUUUUCAAGAACGCCGACUGCAGCCCCUGCUGUUUCGUCGUCGCCUUCGUUUACAUCGAUCGCAUCUCUCGCAUGCACCCCAGUUUCCCCAUCAAUUCCUUGAAUAUUCAUCGAUUGCUCAUCACCAGCGUCAUGGUUGCCGCCAAAUUCGCGGAUGAUAUAUGUCACAACAAUGCCCACUAUGCAAGUAUUGGAGGAGUGAGCAGGGCAGAGAUGAAUUUUCUGGAAUUGAAGUUUGUGUUUGGAUUGGGAUUCCACCUGCACGUCUCUCGAUCCACCUACAACACCUACUGUUCCUACCUCCGCUACCAAAUGUUGCUGGAAUCGCCCCUGGAUUACGUGGAGUCUCCUCCCAAUAUCAAGGAAAGAUCUUCAGGGAAGCUUGAGGAAUUGGGUUUCAAGGAAGAUGGUGAUUGGUGAAGAUGAACAACAGCUGAUUGUCUGAUCAUAAUGAAGAAGCCUCUUAAUUAAUUGUACAUGAAAUUAGAGGUUGUGAAGAGUGAAAAAUGAAAAAUCCCUCUCUCUCUCAAGCUAGAUUGUUAGCUUAGAAAAAUUUUUGACUUUUAAUUAGUUGGUAUAUACGGAGAGACGGGAGUCUUUUGCUUUACAGUCAGGCAUUAAAAGAUUUUCUUGUGUUCAUUAUUUUAUUUUUUUUUUGGUUGAGAAGUUUCUUUUCAAGAUGUUUCUCUCUUUCUUUUUAUUUUUAUGAGAUACUUGUCAAAAGGAUUCUCUACUUGUUCAAGCGCAGAUGAGAGUCCUCUUCUUAGAGCUACUAGUUGAUUGAAAAAGGAUUAGAGCCAA